AGUCAGAGUUGUACAUACAUACAUAUUUUUCUUAACAAUGUCACCUUACGUGCCACGUAAAACUUUAAAUUUAAAACAAAAGGUAGACAUUAUUCAUUUUAAAGAUUCUAGCGAAGGUUGGUCUAUUCGUAAACUUGCUGAAAAAUUUGGCAUCGGUAAAACGCAAGUGGCUGAAAUUUUAAAGAAUAAAGAAAAUAUAUUACGUCGAUACAAAGAAAAUUCUCGCCGAUUCCAGAGAAACGGGCCAGGUGAAUUGAUUGAUAAAAUUGUUUUAGAAUGGUUUAACCAUGUUAGAAAUAAAAAUGUGCCUUUAUCUGGACCAAUCAUUCAAGCAAAAGCUUUAGAAGUUGCGCGUGAAAUCGAGUGUGACGAUUUCAAAGCUUCCAAUAGUUGGUUAGAGAGUUUCAAGGUAAGGCAUAAUUUAGUUUUUAAAUCGAUUUGCGGAGAAUCGACUUCUACAAAUCUAACAAUUGUGAAUAAAUGGAAAUCGAAAAUUUCGGAAAUAAUGAUAGGGUAUGAGCCACAAAAUAUAUUUAAUGCUUAUGAAACUGGUCUGUUUUACCGAGCAUUGCCAGACAAAACGUUUUCCUACAAAGGGGAAUCAUGCUCUGGUGGAAAAAUAGCUAAAGAACGUUUGACUAUUCUUCUGUGUGUCAGUAUGUCCGGAGAAAAACUUAAACCACUUGUCAUUGGAAAAUCUGUCAAACCAAGGUGUUUUAAAGGAAUUGAUAUUAGUAAACUAGAAGUAGAAUGGAAGGCGAAUAGUAAAGCAUGGAUGACUACUCAUAUAAUGACAAAUUGGCUUCAACGACUCGAUCAACAAAUGAAAAUUCAAAAUAGAAAAAUUUUAUUGUUUCUUUAUAAUGUAACAUCACAUGCACAUCUGUCUUUAGACAACGUAACACUUAUUUUUUUUCCUCCAAACAUAACAUCAACUUUUCAACCUUUAGAUCAAGGAAUAAUCAAAAAUUUCAAAGUUUUUUACCGCAAGUUCGCACUACAACACAUUAUUGCAAAUCUAGAUAACACUCGAAAUGCACACGACCUGGCAAAGCAAAUCGAUGUUUUAAAAGCGAUUAUAUGGGUGAAAAAAGCAUGGACAGAAAUUUCAUCAUUUACAAUCACAAACUGUUUCAAAAAAGCAGAAUUUCCGUUUAGUGAACCUCCAGAAAUCGAAAAUGAAGUGAAUAACAAUGAAUUGAUUAAAUUAAUGGAGUUUCUUCCGUUGCCUAGAAACGACGAUUUUGCCACGAUAGUCAGUAAUUUGUCUACAGAAUGUAGCUCAGAUGAAAUAGCUAUGAUUUUAAAUAACAUUCAAACUGAAUUAAAUCUCAUGGAUACCGAUGAUGAGCAGCAAGCUGAUGACCAACUAGAAAAUUCUGAAGUUAAGACGUUUAAAAAUUAUUCAGAAGCUCUUGAAUAGUUUAUUCGUCUGAAAGAGUUUUAUUUGAAUGAUAAGGUGAUGAAAAAGGGUUUUCAUACGUGAGCGAAUUAAUUAUCUAUCACGAGUUGGAAAUGACCAAAUCGAAGUUCAAAAAACAAACAUCAAUACAAUCAUUUUUUAA